AUGAGUGUACCCGGAGAAAGAGGAGGAGGACAACAGGAGACUCCCGCGGUAACUACAUCUGCCUCGAUCUCCUCUUGGAUUCGUCAGGCAAAGCGCCUGACCCUUGCCCCCGAAUUAGAGAAGGCAGCCACCAGCAAGAAUGCGCAAAACAGGGCACGUGCAGCUAUUGGCACUAGCUUAGAAACAAACACCGUGGGUGGUAGCACUCACACUUCUGAGGGUCUCAAGAGUCGGCAGAGCUCGCAUAAGCCCCGCGUAGAGACUGUCCACGCGUUGCUAAGCCAGGGGGGGUUUUCGGCUCCCCGUAUACCCAAGACCAAUCAGGAUGUAGCUUAUGCCAUCGAGGGCUGGGGCAAAGAGCAGGAGGCCCUCUGGAUGUGCGUGUUGGAUGGGCACGGGCCUGCAGGCCACUUGGUUGCCUCGAGGGUCAAAGAAAAACUGCCCUUAUUCGUGGCGCAGAGCUGGCUAAAAGGAAAGGAGCUGCACCAGGCACUUACGCAAGGAUACAAGGCAGUGCAGCGGGACCUGAACAAAUCAAAUAUUGAUAUUCUGUGCAGCGGCACAACCUGUGUGUCCUGUGUCCUUCACCGGAGAACCCUAUACGUGGCAAACGUUGGGGACAGCAGAGCCAUUCUGGGAAGGGAGAGCGGCCUUCAGGGUGGACCCUGGACAGCUCUACCUCUCACGACGGACCACAAACCCGAAAGAGAGAGUGAAAGGCAGCGAAUACUGGCCGCGGGAGGCAGAAUUAAAGCGCUGCUAGACGACGAUGGGUCCCCAUGUGGACCACUCAGGGUCUGGCUGCCUAAAGAGGACCUGCCGGGGCUUGCAAUGUCUCGUUCUCUCGGGGAUACCUUGGCCGGUAAAGCAGGCGUAAUCCCAGACCCCGAGGUGGGUGUGCACACUCUCUCCUCAGGGGACAGGUGUGUGUUGUUGGCUAGCGAUGGGGUGUGGGAGUUCCUCAGCAAUGAAGACGCCCUUGAGAUAGUGCAACCCUUUGUUGAGAAGGGGGACGCAGCUGGAGGAUGCAGCGCCUUGGUAGCAAAAGCCCAAAGCAGAUGGCUAGAGGAAGAGGAGGCCGUGGAUGAUAUCACUGCCUUACUGGUUAUCCUGAGCUACAAAGCUUAUGACCGUCAACAACGAUACUUGCCUUCCUCCGGACUACCAACAGAUAGGGAAACGAGCGCUCUUGCAUGGCUACAAGAAGCCUGGGGACCCUUAACAACUCAAGCCAGAGUGUGGCUGGCUGAGUUUUGGGGGCUCCAAAACGGCGUAUCAGACCUAUUGGGUGCUAAUCGAACUUGCGCACCCAGGUAG